AUGGGAUUCACGGCCAAGCUCACCAAGAGAGCUAGUUUCGGCGGCAGCGGUCUUCCUCCUGCCGCUGGUGGUGCCGGUGAAGGUUGGGGAAUGGGCUUCUUCUUGGUGUUCUUCCCUCAAGAACACCAUGAUCAUCAUCAACAUCAGGAUUUCAAUUCUUCAUCACCAUUCAAAUCUCCCACCAUUAACGCCCUCCUCAAACGCACAAAUUCCACUCAUAUCCUCGCCAAAGCUCAAUCCACCAUCUCCAUUUGUGCUCUCCUCAUCUUCCUCACUCUCCUCCUCUUCACCCUCUCCACUUUUGAACCCAAUAACAACCUCAUCAGAUCCUCUCAUCACUAUCGCCGGCAUCUCUCCCAAACCCACCCUUCAAAAAAUCCUACCUCUCAUUCACACGCUUUACAAAGACUAGGUACUCUCUAUUCACGAGGUACCAGUCACAUGAAUGACCUCGUUCUCUGUCACGUUACGGAGUCUGUGACAUUCACAGAACUCAAAACUUUCUUACGAGCAUUUCACAGGUCUGGUUUGCACACGAAAUCAGACCUUCUCUUCAUCUUCCCUUCAGUUACCACACCGGAUUCUUCAGAUAGUGUUAUUCGAGAAGAAAAUAAGUUGUUUCUGAAACUGAUUCGUCGGUAUAAAGCAGAAUUGAAUAAUGGGAGCAACUUAUCGGAUUUUCCGGCGAGUUUCGACGUGACCCAGUUCGUGAAAUCCGGGAAGAAGGAUUCGGAAAAAGGAGAACCAAUCUGGGGUCGGAAAAUCAAGAGCAAUUCUAAUUUGAAUUCCAGCAAUGGUGGUGGGACUGAGUUGACUCGAAUGAGUUAUGGAGCAGUGGUGGGUUUUGGUGUCGGUGAGCUCGACCCGGAAAACUCGUUAUCCGGGUUUCUCGAUCACGUCCCGAUGAGUCUAAGAAGGUGGGCGUCGUACCCCAUGAUCCUAGGGCGCCUUCGUCGGAACUUCAAGCACGUGAUGUUAGUUGACGUCAAGGAGGUUUUACUUUUCGGAGACCCACUCGUCCGAGUCAGGAACCGGACCCCCGAAUCAGUUUACUUGUCAUCAACCCCAACUCCAACACCCACCAAACACAACCACAAAAUCUCCGACAAAGCCCACGAGAAAACCAUCAAUCCGGCCGUCAUAAUGGGUGGAGCACGGGGCGUCCGACGUUUCUCCGCCGCAAUGCUGACGGAGAUCGUCAGAGCAACAACACAGCAGCUGCACAACAAGAAGAAAACUUCUAUUACCGAGUCAUUGCUUUUGAGUCGACUCGCCACAAACGAGUUUCUACAGAAAAGCAUUCACCUGGUUGCCUCGGCCGAGGCAAUACCGGAGGCGAGUUCACUCAGUGGAGUGUCAAUAGCAAAUAAUACAGUUGUACGGCGUGGAAAUAACAAUAUAGAUAUUGAUGUUACGAAUCAUAUUUGUUCGUAUUCUAUAGAGGCUUCGGUAUACAGCGAGUGUGGAAAGGUACAACCUUUUUAG